AGUCCCGAACGUCAGGAUUUCAGAUGAAGGUUUGAGGAAAUACAAACCUGUUACCACAACUCGCUAAAAUCAGAGAAAGCUUCAGUGAUGGAGGGUUUGCUUUGGUUGACGUUGAUUGCUACUGGUCUAUUACUCAAGUCUCCACAUUCCACUUGUGAAUGCUUCCAAAGAGUAGACUUAGUGUUUGUCUUGGAUUCAUCUACAAGUGUGGGAAACGAGAACUUUGGGAAAAUGCUAGAUUUUGUCAAAAACUUCUUACAAGCUACCAACAUUGACGGAGGUGAAGUUAGAGUUGGUAUUGCGACGUAUAGUACAGAGGCAAGGAUAGAAUUUAAUUUGAAAGACUAUACCAAUAAAAAUGAUUUGCUUAAAGCUGUUAAUAACAUUUCCUGGCAGUACGGCAGCACAAAUACAGCCGAUGCACUACUUCUUAUGCAUGAUACCAUGUUCAAGGCCGUAAAUGGUGAUAGAGCAGAUGUACCAAAUAUCUGUAUUGUUGUCGCUGACGGCUUGUCAAACAUUAACUAUGGCAGAACAAUUCCCGAAGCUGACGCUGCCCGCAAGAAGGGUAUCCAUAUUUAUGCAGUUGGGGUUGGUUUACAUGAUUUAAGUGAAGUUGAUGGUAUCGCAAAUAAGCCAUCCAGUAGGAAUGUUUUCUCCGUGAACAACUUUGAUGAAUUGGAAAUUCUAAAUAUAGCAAUAUUUGAAUCAACUUGCGCAGCCACAAUCACCACCAGGACACUCUCCACAGCUACACCAAAUAAACUAAAUAUACAUGUAUAUACAUUCGAUGAAGAUGUAGAACCAGCAAGACCGAGACCAAAACCUACAACCACCACCACUACCACCACAAUGAUGCCAACUACAACUAUCAGUGAAUGCUUCCAAAGAGUAGACUUAGUGUUUGUCUUGGAUUCAUCUACAAGUGUGGGACACAAGAACUUUGGGAAAAUGCUAGAUUUUGUCAUAAACUUCUUACAAGCUACCAACAUUGACGGAGGUGAAGUUAGAGUUGGUAUUGCGACGUAUAGUACAGGGGCAAGGAUAGAAUUUAAUUUGAAAGACUAUACCAAUAAAAAUGAUUUGCUUAAAGCUGUUGAUAACAUUUCCUGGCAGUACGGCAGCACAAAUACAGCCGAUGCACUACUUCUUAUGCAUGAUACCAUGUUCACGGCCGUAAAUGGUGAUAGAGCAGAUGUACCAAAUAUCUGUAUUGUUGUCGCUGACGGCUUGUCAAACAUUAACUAUGGCAGAACAAUUCCCGAAGCUGACGCUGCCCGCAAGAAGGGUAUCCAUAUUUAUGCAGUUGGGGUUGGUUUACAUGAUUUAAGUGAAGUUAAUGGUAUCGCAAAUAAGCCAUCCAGUAGGAAUGCUUUCUCCGUGAACAACUUUGAUGAAUUGGAAGGUCUAAAUAACACAAUAUUUGAAUCAGUUUGCGCAGUUACAACUGUUGCAACGCCUACGACUACUUUAAGUUUUUAUGGCUUUGAGAAGGUCGAUUUGGUCUUCAUCCUGGACUCCUCAACGAGUGUCAGUCGAAGUGACUUCCAUAAAAUGCUGAAGUUCUGUAAAGAUUUCCUGAAAAAGUUUGACAUCGAUUCUGGGAGUGUUCGAGUUGGAAUUCUAAGCUACAGCACAGAAGUGCAUGAUCACUUCUUUUUGAACGCCUAUGACACUUCUACAGACAUGUUCAAUGCUAUUGACAAAAUCAGCUGGAUUUUUGGAAGUACUAAUACAGCUGACGCGAUCAGAGAUAUGAGAGAGAAAUAUUUCUCAUUCGCCAAUGGCGAUAGAUGGGACGCUCGAAACAUUGCUGUUAUUCUUACUGAUGGUGUUUCUAAUAUCAAUGCAAAUAGAUUGCAAGAUGAAGCAAGACAGGCCAAGAACGAAGGCAUACAUAUUUAUGCAAUAGGAAUUGGGCUGAGUGAUGUAACCGAAUUAAAUCAAAUAGCUUCCGUUCCUGCCUCCGAAAACACCUUUAUUGUAAAUAACUUUGAUGAACUGAAAGACUUGGAUGAGCGAAUCUUUGGAUCUCUGUUUCCUAUAUCAUCACCAAGGCCAACCAGAACUACGACCACAAUCACCACCAGGAAACCUUCCACAGCUAAACCAAAUAAACUAAAUAUAUAUACAUUCGUUGAAGAUGUAUUACUAUCAAGACCAAGACCAAAACCGACAACAACCAUCACCAUCACAAUGAUGCCAACUUCAACAAGUAAGCUUAAUGAACCAUACAGAUAAUCAAAUUAAA